AUGACUGUCGCAAGGGUCGACGAGUACUAUUCCGAUACGAAUUUGACCGCGCCCCCGCCGGACAAGUCCCCGUGGAGCCUCCUCGAGCACAUGGACACCGAGGAGUGCGAGCUGAGGCUGCGCGAGAUCUGCCGGCUGCUCGCCGCGGCGGAGUGCGCCGAGCUGCUGCUCGACCAGCUCCUGGAGCUGUUCCAGCAGCCGGACUGCGAGCUCGCGUACAUCAUCAACUGCUUCGGCUCCGCACCGAAUUCACCCCCGAGCCUGGCCAAACGCAUAUUGGACACUUACUUAGAGGAGGAGCUUUGGUAUCUGCCGCUGGAGGUGAAUGAUGAGGAGCCUCCCAUCACUGAGGAAGAAACCCUGGACGUGGAAGUGUACAAUCCAAGGAGUUGGAUCAAGGACACCAUACCGGGGCUGUACGAGGGGGCGACCGAGGUCCGCUACACGGGCGUGGCGUACGACCGGCCGAGGGGCGGGGCGGGGGCGGGGGCGGGGGCGGGGCGGGGCGCGAGCAGCUGCAGCAGCGCGGCGCAGGCGCAGCGCAACGUGGCGCUGUGCUGCCUCCUCACGGAGGGCGUGGGCGAGAUGGCGGCGCGGCUGCAGGACCAGUUCCAGCCCUACCUGCUGCGCACGCUCUGCCUGCUGCUGGAGAGGGUCGGCAGCCGCUACCAGCUGGUGCGCGGCGCGGGUCUGCGCGCGCUGGACGCUCUGGCGGCGGCGGGGGCGCACGCCUCCACGGCGCAGCUGCUCGCCGCCAACGCGGACUACAUCACCAGCCAGGUCAACCGCCGCCUCAAGAAGGCAUGGACCCUACAGUCCGGUCUCGAGAUAUUGUCCGUGGUGAUGCAAUACAGCGACGUGAGCAUUUUGGACUACCUGUACGGGAUAAUGGACGACGUGCUGCUGAGCUGCGACAAGUACCACGAGCGGAACCCUCACGCCUACCUCGAGGUGUUCUCCGCCUUCACCAGAUGCAUCGGGAAGUGGUUCCGCGCAGACGAGCGCGAGGAGUCGGAGCCUGGCGGCGGCGAGGUGGACGUGGUCGGCGCCGUGGUGGAGUUCGCCAGGAGCAAAGAGGAGGCGGAGCGGCUGCUGGGCGGCGGGGAGUUGGAGGGGGAGGGCGGCAAGAGUGCGGAGGAGAUGUACAGAGAGGAUCAGAGGGAGAAGGAGGAGAGCGUGUUGGACUACGAUGACACCGUCACAAAGGAAACGCCCCCACCACCGCGCCACGUGCUCAUGACGGAGGCGGUGCUGCGGCGCUGCGUGCAUCUGGCGGGGGGCGUCGGCGGCUCGGGGGGCGUCGGCAGCCUGGGGGGCAUCGGCAGCCUGGGGGGCUUCGGUUCGGGGGGCUUCGACGGGACGGGGGGCGUGUACGGGUCGAGGGGCGCGGAGGUGGAGCGCGUGUUGUUGGCCCUGAAAGUUCUGCGGCACGGGCUCGCCAUUCUGGACGGAUACGACGAUCAGCUGUUGCCGCUGGUGCACUCGGCUUGGCCCGCCCUCUGCGCCGCACUUACCGCCCACCCGCUGCUGGCGAGGGCCGCGCUGGAGCUUCUAGUCGUCAUGGCAACGCUAACACAAGACUUCAUACGCCCCCGCGCGGAGAAGGACGCGCUGCCGCUGGUGUACAAGUACCUGAGCGAGAGCCGGCCGAGCAGCGAGCUGAAGGGGCGCGGCUCGGCGUACCGGCUGAGCGGCGCCUUCGCGCUGCAGAGGGCCGCGCUGGGGUCGUUGCCCCCGGUGGCGCGCGCGCUGCGGCUCAGCGGCGCCGGCCUGGCGCGCGCCUGCCGCUGCGCCAAGGACUACCUCUCGCGCAGGCAGCCGCGCCCGCUGCAGGAGCUGGCGGUGGACUUCUUCAAAGAUAUCCUGGACAGCAACUACGCCGUCGGCUGGUGCUUUCUGAGGGACCUCUGUGCGAAUGACGACGUCCUGGAGCCGCCCUUCGCCAACCUGGAACCCGUCGUCGGAACGCCCUACAGGGCUGUAGAUGCGGACUAUGACAAAAACAUAAGACUAAUAUUCUCAAUCGACUCUGAA